CCAGGAUCUGGAAGGUCCAGUCUCCGUUCUGGAGCAGCUCCGUGGACACCACCCCGGCCGUCUGCUCCUGCCCGUUCCUCAGCCACUUGAUCUCGAUCCCCCCGGGGUAAAACCCCGUCACCGAGCAAACCAGCAGUGGACCACGUGCACUUCCAGGCGGAGUUCUACCAGCGGACGGACCAGUCCCAGCAGGGGUCAGGGGAAUUUGUGCAGGGGUUUGAUGAGGACGAGAUGUUCUACGUGGACCUGGAGAGGAAGGAGACCGUCUGGCGCCUGCCCGACUUCAGCAAGUUCACCAGCUUUGAUGCCCAGUUCGCCCUGCGCAACGUCGCCAUAAGCAAGUACAACCUGGAGCUCAUGAUCGAGAGCACCAACCAGACGCAGGCCCAGAACGUGCCCCCUGAGGUGACCGUGUUCCCCGAAGACCCCGUGGAGCUGGGGGAGCCCAACGUCCUCAUCUGCUUCGUGGACAAAUUCUUCCCGCCCGCGCUCAGCGUCACGUGGCUGAAGAACGGGCAGGAGGUGACGGGGGGCGUCUCCGAGACCGACUUCUACCCCCGCCAGGACAACUCCUUCCGCAAGUUCUCCUACCUGCCCUUCCUCCCCAGCCAGGGCGACUUCUACGACUGCCGGGUGGAGCACUGGGGGCUGGCCGAGACCUUCACGAAGCACUGGGAAGCCCAGGUGCCCACCCCCGUCCCCGAGACCACAGAGACCCUGGUGUGCGCCCUGGGCCUGGCCGUGGGCAUCGUCGGCAUCAUCGCGGGCACCAUCCUCAUCAUCAAGGGGAUGAAGAUGAACGCCGCCCGCAACCCGCGGGGCCCCUUAUAAACGUGGGGAGGAGCCGGGGGCCCCGAACCUCCCAGGUGCCUUUGUGGGACCCACUCGCAGCCCCCCCAGCUCUGCCCCCAGUGUCCCUGCUCCGUGCCCGUCGGUGCCAGCUGCUGUACCCCGGCAGGAGCCCCACGGCCCCGUAACCACGACACCCAACCCGUUAGAGACUCAGUGGGGAGCCGGCCCCUCGGGCUGCCCCUGCCUCCACUCUGGGCUUGGGGGGCACCUAUCCCGGGAGAGGGCUGCUGCCCAUGGGGCUGGGAAUGGGGGUCGCCCCUCGUCAGGGGCCAGCAGGGGAGAGGGCUGCUGCCCCGUGCGGAAGGUUUCUCUUGACUCCAGUGGGCUCUGGGUUGGGCCCCAAGCCCGGCCCCUAUUGGCCAGAGGCUGCUGUCAGUCACCCCAGGUAAAGCCCCUCCAGCCAUUACCCAGCAGGCUUUGGCCCAGAUUCGGCCAUUCCCGGUCAAUGGGGUCCCUGUGGGGCAGGAUCGGGCCCAUGGCUGGGGGUGGGGCAGCCGCAGCGCCCGGCUAAAGGCCCCAUCGCCCCCGUGUGCGGCUCCUCCAGGGUCCAGCCCUGCUGAGCCCAGCGCCCAGCGCGGGGUCUGUGUGGGACGGGCCCAGUCCCUGUACAGCCCCCACCCUGCCCCCCGGGUGUGUCACAGCCCUGCGCCCCCCCCCCCCAUCGCUCUGCAGCUUUGCCAACAGCAAUAAAGUGGGUUUGGGACGUU